AUGGCAGCUCCAGUGCUACCCCCUUUCCUUCACCCUGAUGCUGACUCAGGGCGUCAAAUUAUCAACGUGUGGUGCGGUCUUGUGGCUGAAUUCUAUUCUGACCCCGGGGACGUCAAGAGAAUGUUUGUGGAACGCUUAGAUUGGUUCAAGAACAAUGAAGGCCUGAAGCACGAGUUUCUUGUGCUCACUAUACACCAAGUCGAUGAACCGGAGGCAGCAGUGCUGCGGUUCGAGCGUAGACCGUCCCGAGAACAGCUUUCACGGGAAAUUUUUGCGCUGGUCCCGGACAGGGACGACAACGAGAAGCUUAACAAAGAGACAAGAAAAGCCCUGGAGAAAGAUUUCGAGGCCGAAAAGCAAACUCUACGUUCGGCAGCUUUGACCAAAGCGCAGAAGAAAACUGACAAGAAAGGCGACUGCGUUCAAGCAAGCGACACCGUCACACGUGUUCACAGCGAGAAGGGGCAACUCACGGGCUGCAAAGAAUCUGCAACACUCAUCGAAUCCUAUUCAUUCGACAGUAUACUUCCCCUCCGCGACUUCAUAUUCGCUGCCUCCACUGUGUCCACUUAUUCGGAGCGAUAUCUUGUCUUCCUUCAACAAUGCUACUGGUUCUCUCGGACGACAGUGCAGGUAAUUCUCCAAACUUAUGGCCCAACAAGCAGACGACAGGGCGAUGCUUUUAGCAUCCGCGGAAAGUAUACGGCUAGGGGCGGCUUCAGCCUGGAAGUCAAUACCGAUAAUCCAUCGGAGGUUAACAAUAUUUCGACCAUUUUUGUAGACCGCCUGAAGGAAAAUGACGCGCUGAUCGAGAAGAAAUUUUGGGAUGGCGCGGGUGGGAAGGCAGCAGAAACGAAACGAGCUGAUCAUGAAACUGAACUAAGGAAGAAGGCGGAGAAAGAUGCUGAAAACAAUGCACAGAAACAUGCUAUCAUCGAAGAGAAGUUUAGAAGGCUUCAGGAAGAAGUGCAACGGUUAAAGAGGGAGACUCCCGAAGCGAGGAAUAAAGAUUAG